ACUUUAAACUAUUAAUUUUCAUCUCUCUCUCUCUCUCUCUCUGUCUCUCUGCUAUAGUCUACCGAUUUUGUCCGCAUCCUUAUCGCCAGUAAAUUUUCUCUCUAGAAAAGGUCAGGCGACAUGGCCGACCACUUGGAGACCUGCGUAGACUACGGUUUGAAGCUCUCUAAGAGAAUUUACUAUGGGAAAGAAUUGCCUCCGGCGCCGGAGCCGGGAAUGUCGAAGUCAUCGGAGAGCUUAUUACCGAAGGCGGUGAUGGUGUAUGCAGUGGUGCCUGAGCCAGAUGUAGUCGAUAAUCCGGACGUGCCGAGCUAUCAGCCAUAUGUGCACGGGAGGUGCGAUCCGCCGGCGUUAAUACCUUUGCACAUGCACGGAGCAGCCAUGGAAGUUGACUGUUGUUUAGAUCAUGCAAGCGUUAGUUUUAGCGGGAAGUGGCGCGUGCAUUGCAUCAAGACGAGUAGGAAGUGCGAUUGCCGGAUCGUCAUUCCCAUGGGAGACCAGGGUUCAAUUCUAGGUCUUGAGGUUGACAUUAUUGGGAGAUCAUAUCAUAGUCAACUGAUCGCAGAAGAAACGGAAGAUAAGGAAAAAGUAAAUAAAGGAGGAGAUGGACGUUAUUUGAAAGGCAAUAUUUAUACAUUCAAAAUCCCACAGGUUGGUGGAGGGAUAAUAAUUUCAGUUAAAGUGACUUGGUCUCAGAAGUUAGCAUAUAGUGAGGGUCAAUUCUGCCUCAAUGUCCCAUUUAGUUUUCCAGCAUUUGUCAAUCCAGUUGACAAGAAAAUUUCCAAGAGAGAAAAAAUAAUGUUAAAUGUGAAUUCUGGCUUUGGGAAAGAAAUUUUAUGCAAGAGUACUAGCCAUGCUCUAAAGGAGCUAAGGCGUGAGGUUGGUAAAAUGGGUUUCUUAUAUGAAGGAGAAGUACCAACUUGGUCGAGUACUGACUUUAAUUUUUCAUAUUUGGUCUCGAAGGAUUUAUUUGGUAGUGUGUUCUUACAGUCUCCACUUCUGCGAGAUUUUGACGAAAGACAGAUGUUCUGCCUCUAUCUUUUCCCUGGAAACGACCAGAGGAUGAAGGCUUUCAAGAAGGAUGUGAUCUUUAUAAUUGAUAUAAGUGGAAGCAUGAAAGGGGCUCCCUUUGAGAAUGCAAAGAGUGCACUAAUAUCAUCACUUUCUAAACUCAAUUCUGAAGAUUCUUUCAACAUUAUUGCUUUCAAUGGGGAGACCUAUUUAUUUUCGUCAAUAUUAGAGCCGGUAACACAGGGAGCAAUAUCAAAAGCUUCCCAGUGGCUUAGUGAUAAUUUAACCACGGGUGGUGGCACAAACAUUUUGCUUCCUCUGAAACAGGCUAUGAAUCUGUUGGCUGAAACUACUGAUUCAAUUCCUCUUAUUUUCCUCAUAACUGAUGGGUCUGUUGAGGAUGAAAGGGAUAUUUGCAAUUUUGUGAAAGAAUCUCUUAGGAAUAGAGGGUCAAUUUCUCCUCGGUUAUGUACAUUUGGCAUCGGAAUAUAUUGUAACCACUAUUUCUUGCAAAUGCUAGCACAAAUCGGAAGGGGCUAUUUUGAUAGUGCUUAUGAUGCAGAUUCAAUUGAUUUUCAAAUGCAGCGAUUGUUUACAACUGCAUCAUCAAUUAUCCUAACCAAUAUUACCAUAGGUGCUUUGGAUCAUCUUGAUUCACUUGAGUUGCUACCAUUUAGAAUACCAGACCUCUCAUGUGGAAGCCCAUUAGUUGUAUCAGGCAGAUAUACUGGCAACUUUCCGGAUUCUGUAAAAAUUAAUGGCAGUUUGGCAGAUAUGAGAAAUUUCACAAUAGAACUAAAAACGCAAAGGGCCAAGGAUGUUCAACUUGACAAAGUACUUGCUAGAAGACAAAUUGAUGUUCUCACAACUAAUGCAUGGAUGUCGGGCAGCAAAGACCUUCAGCAGAAGGUUGCAAAAGUGAGCUUACAAACUGGGGUUCUAUCUGAAUAUAACCAUAUGAUUUUGCAUCAGACUGAUAAAGGGGAGAAAGAACCAGAAACAAUGUUGAUGCAGGAGGUAUUCAACAAAAUUAACUCGCUUAGACAAGUGAAUUCAGAAAGGCAGAGUACCAUAUUUUUGGGGAGUCUAGGUGUUGGCUUUGGCAAUUUGAGUGCAACAGCAGCAAACAUUCCUCCAGGAACAGAGCAAAUAAAGUCACCUGAAGGAGCAGAAAUGCUGGUUCAGGCUGCUUCCACUUGUUGCAGUAGGCUGCUUGACCGUUGCUGUUGCGGAUGCUUCAUCCAAGCUUGUUCACACGUGAAUGGACAGUGCUAUAUUGUCCUCUCGCAACUCUGUGCUGCCCUCGCUUGUUUUGAAUGCCUCAACUGUUGCUAUGAGCUUUGUGAGUGCAUGUAAUUGUGACUUUAAAAUAGUUUAUGAACAUAUAUAUGAUGUUGCAAGAAGUACAAUGUAAAAUGUAAAUGACCGUCGAACAAAUGAUAGACGUAUGUGGUGGUGUUUGCAGAA